AUGGAGGAGCCAGCAAAGGGAAGGGGUCUUCUGGAGCUGAUUAACUCUUAUCUACAAGGAAGAACUGGUUGGGGAGUUGAAGGUCAGGGCAGCCUUAGCAGUAAUGACAAUGAUAUGGUGGAGUUCAGGAUUCUGAAGUGUGGGGACAAUGAAAAUAGCAGGAUCCCAGCCCUGAACUUGAGCAGAGGGUAUGUUACCGUUCAAAGGGACCUCAACAGGCUGGCAAAAUGGGUUGAUGGGCACCUCCUGAAGUUCAACAAAAGCAAAUGUAAAGCCCUGCACCAGGGGAGGAAUAAUGCCAUGACUCAGUACAGACUGGGAACUGACUGGCUGGAAAGCAGUUUUGCAGAAAAGGACCUGGGUGUGCUAGUGGACAACAAGUUGAACAAAAGCCACCUUGCAGCAAAGAAGGCCAACAGCCUCCUGGAAGGCAUUAGGAAGAACAUUGCCAGCCAGUCAAGGGAGAUCCUGGCCUGUAUCAGAAAGUGUGGCCAGCAGGAGCAGGGAAGUGAUAGUGCCCCUGUACUCAGCACUGGUGCGGCCGCACCUCGAAUACUGUGUUCAGUUUUGGGCCCUCACUACAAGAAGGAUGUUGAGAUGUUGGAACGUGUCCAGAGAAGGGCAACGAGGCUGGUGAGGGGUCUGGAGAACAAGCCUUAUGAGGAGCGGCUGAGGGAGCUGGGGUUGUUUAGCCUGGAGAAAAGGAGGCUGAGGGGAGACCUCAUUGCUCUCUACAACUACCUGAAAGGAGGUUGUAGCGAGGUGGGUGUCGGUCUCUUCUCCCAAGUAACUGGCGAAAGGACGAGAGGAAAUGGCCUCAAGUUGCGCCAGGGGAGGUUUAGAUUGGAUGUAAGGAAAAAUUUCUUUACUGAAAGAGUAGUUAAACAUUGGAACAGGCUGCCCAGGGAAGUGGUUGAGUCACCAUCCCUGGAAGUAUUUAAAGGACGGGUAGAUGAGGUGCUUAGGGACAUGGUUUAG